GCAGGACAGAGCACACCCAGGGCAGUGGCACGGGGUGCCCGGCGAGCCUCUGCAGGCAUGGUGCACACCCAGGCCCCCCUCUGCAGCAGGGGGCACCUCACGUCUGCCACUCCGGCCACCCUGCUACUCAGCCUGGUCUUUGCCUCCUUCCACUCGUCUUGCUUGGCAGAAGCAAGCAGCAGCAGCAACUCAAGCCUGACCACACACCACCAAGAGCCCGAGGCCCUGGAGCAGUGCCCUAAUGUUGACUUCUGUCCCCAAGCUGCCCUGUGCUGCCACGCCGGCGUGGACGAGUAUGGCUGGAUUGCAGCCGCUGUCGGCUGGAGCCUCUGGUUUCUCACUCUCAUCCUGCUCUGUGUGGAUAAACUGAGGAAGCUGACGCCAGAGGAGGCCAAGGACUCACAAGCCUAACACGUGACACUUGCAUCCCAGGCCCCCCCAAUUCCGCAGGCCACGGGGGAGUGGAGUCCUGCUGCUGUGGCUUCUAUCAUUCUAAAGGCAUCUUCACCUUUCAGCUUCAGUUACUUUUUAAAGACAAGGGAGAAGGAAAGUGGAAUCCAGACAAGGCCAGAUCAGCGCUGCCUUCACACCUCCUUUCUAGAGGCCUGUUUGUAACUGAACCUCAUGGGGGUCCUUUGCCUGCUGGGUGCAGACGGCUGAACUGGCAGGGGAGGGGGUGCCUUUGUUAUGUGACCAGUCAAAUAUGCCUCCUACAGAGCUCAGGGCUUUAAGGGCAAGUGGAGGGCAGGGCACAGGGCUGCCUGGGCUGGGCAAGAAGGACAGAGGAGGGGAGUUCCCACGUGCAGUGGCUGUUUAUGCCUAUGCACGGUUUGCGCAUUCA